AUGGCUGGGACUGUCUCCACAGAGUGUGGGAAGCCUUCUGUAAGCGGGAAAAUCUUUGGUGGCCGAGAUGCACCUGAAAUGCGGUGGCCGUGGCAGGCUGCCCUGUACUACCAAGGCAUUCACAUCUGCGGAGCCGUCCUCAUCAAUACCUCCUGGGUGGCCUCAGCUGCCCACUGCUUCCAAAAGUCCCACAAUCCGGCCGACUACCAGGUCCUGCUAGGGUACCAUCGUCUAAAAACUCACACUGCGCACGGCCGCACGGCGACGGUGUACCGGCUCUUCGUCCACACGGACUUCAACAAGCACUACUUCAUGGGGCGUGACAUCACCCUGUUGCAGCUGCACCGGCCCAUGAAGAUCUCUACCUACAUUCAACCCGCCUGCCUCCCAAACAGUGACAUGCAUCUGCCCUCUCACUGCUGGAUAACCGGCUGGGGGAUGGUCACUGAGGAAGUAAUGUUGGGCCCACCCUACACGCUUCAGGAGGCAGAAGUCGGCAUUUUAGAAAGCAACCUGUGUAAACUGUAUUUCCAGGGGCCAGGCCCCGAGGGCUCUGAGUAUUCUAUUCAUGAGGACAUGUUCUGCGCCGCGGACUUCCGGACGGGAAAGUCCGUCUGCCGAGGAGAUUCUGGGGGCCCCCUCGUCUGCAAGCUGAAUAAUACCUGGUAUCUGAUGGGGCUGUCCAGCUGGAGCCUGCCCUGCCAACAGCCCAUUGGCCCCAGUGUCUUCACCAGGAUCACCUACUUCUCCCAGUGGAUCGCCAGGCAUCAGGCGGGUUCACCCCCGCCCAAACCUUCUGAUAUCCCUCCGGAAGACAACAGGCACCCUCAGAGCAGCGGCCCUCCCACUUUGACUAACGUCACUUCUCUGGGCAACGUCCCUCAGCCCAGGAGCUUCCAAGCCCUUGUGACUUCACAGGUCUCCUGCCUGCUGCUGACUGCCCUCUGGAUGCUGUGA